AUGGAGAUAGCCUUAAGUUUAUGUGGUAAUUGCUUGUUUUUUUUUAUCUCGAGAUCGAAUCCGCUGCAUCGGUCAAUGAAUGCUUAACCCAAACCGACUAAUCUCAUGGGGUGUGUUUACAUGCCCUAAACAGAUUCAGUUGUUCGCAAUGGAAAUUAGUUAUCCAUGUCGUUUGAUUACACAAACGUGUAAAUAUGAGUUUAGUAGAUUUCGAACCCGAGGUGAUAGCACCUUUCCAAAUUCGCGUUAUGAUUGUGUGGUUCAAUUUAGCAAACUCUUUUAUGGUACAGUAGAAAACACAAAAUUUGGAAGAAAAAAAAUACUGUUAAAAAGUAAUAAUUUGAUUUUUAUUUGAUCCGGUGAAAAUUAUUUGAAAAGUUUAAUACCCUGACGCACACGUUAAAAUCAUGUUAUCAAGAUAAACGAGGUAGGUUUAUAUUCAAAUAUAAAUGCUUACUUGGAUCUCUCAUGGGAAUACCAAUACGGUGUUCUCAAUGUAUCGCACAUGUGAAAAAUAAGGGUAUAAAACCAAGGACGCCAUAUAUAAAUUACAGGAGCAUCGUACAUUGUAAAUAUUCUUGCUGUCUCCCUUUUUGUAUGUUUCUUUUUAACUUCCAAGUGUUAUUAUUAUUAUAUGAUUUGUUGGCAGUUUAAGAUAUGAUAUUAUACGGAAAUGUAAGUAUGUGAUGUGAAUCAGUCCACAGUCAUUUAGUGACUGAUAACUGCGCUGGACAGAAGAUGAAGAUGUCAAUAAAGUUACAAUAAGACUACAUAAUCAACUAUUUUGUCGAGUAAUCAACUUAGCAUUGUUAGCAUAAACUUUUAUUGGAAUCGCCUAAGAAAACCCACGUGAUUCCCUUUAUUUAAUUGCUGCCAUUUUGUUUUACUAGUUUCUACAAUGCACUUGAAUUGGAGUUCGUACUUUGCAAAACAGAGAACUACAGUUUCAAGAUCACUCCUUGCUUCGGCUCUCUGUAUUAUUGUACGAUCUUCUCCCUUUUGAGUUUACUUUUUUUUUGUUUCUUUUGUCCACAAAAGGAUAUACAGAGUUCCUUACCUGCUCUGUUUUGUCAUUGUAGUUUCUGAUUUCUAGGCGUUUUUAUAGCUUUAACUGUUCUUGUUUGUUUUCUGGUGGUCAUGGUUUAAAAUCUAUUGCAACAUCUUUUGCUCUUCUGACUCAAGAGCUGGGUUGGUACCAGAUGUUCUUGUGUAUUUGUCUUGAGUAGUUAAAUACUCAUUAAUGCUCUUUCUUACAAAUCUCUGUUACAACCUUGUAUGGUUUGGUUUAGUCUUUAAGUUUAGCUGUAAAAAGCUAGAUACGUUCGUUAUUAAGUUUGGACAUUUAAAAUGUGUCCAAAGUCGGUGUCAUUCUAUAUAAUAUUGUAGGAGUUUUCUAAACAUUGCUACAUUUCUACUUUUGUAUUCUUAGGAUUUGGUCGAGCUCUGGGCUCUUCAUAUAGCCAUUCAUGUCGAAUCGCAUUGCACAUGUAUCGCUUGAAGGUGGUAACUUAGAGAUGGCAGAGAGGAGAACUAACAACGAAAGAGAAGUUGUUAUUAAUGUUUCACAAGCGUCGAAAGACCCAACAUCAUCAUCUCAUUCUUCUAAGGUACCAGCAUUACCGGAGUCAGAUACAGGGACUCCAAAACCAGAUCCGUUAAGCAUUCCCCCUCCUGAAAUCUACAAGUUGUCUGGUAACGUUCAUAAGCCGCCUAAAGUUCCAAGUCCUAGCACUGAAGGCCUAGUUCGAAGGAGAUCUCUUUCGAGGUCGGUUUACUCCAAGUCCAACUCAAGGUUUGGGAAGCAACAGUCUUAUCGGUUCGAUAAGACUAUUGCUGAGGAAAAUGGUGGGACUCUUAGGGAACACUUUGCUGCUUCUUCAUUUUCAAGAAAUUCUUUCGGCAGGGCUUCGCCUAAUAACAAGUCAAAUAGAAGUGUUUGCUCAACGGCCCUGAGCAAAGUUGCUGAAGAAGAAACAGAUGAAAAUGAGGAAAUAUAUGAAAAGGUUAAGCUACACCGAGUGAAACGUAGUGGAAUGAAACCUGUAGCUCUUCUUGAGUUGUUCUUGUUUUUGGCCAUUAUGUGCACUUUGGUUGUGAGCUUAACCAAUGAUACGGUGAAGGAACAUCGUAUUUGGGGACUGGAAGUGUGGAAAUGGUGCGUUCUUGUGAUGGUGACGCUUAGCGGCAUGUUCGUGACGAACUGGUUCAUGCAUUUAGCGGUGUUCAUCAUAGAAAGGAACUAUCUCCUACGUAAAAAAGUGUUGUAUUUUGUGCAUGGUUUGAAGAAGAAUGUUCAAGUCUUUAUUUGGUUCAGCCUAAUUUUGGUUGCUUGGGUGUUUCUCUUCGAAGAUGACGAUAAACACUCUCGCAAGACCAAGAAGUUUCUAGACUUUAUAACUUGGACUAUUGUCUCCCUCCUCGUCGGGUCAAUCCUUUUCUUGGUGAAGACAUUUGCCUUGAAAGUCCUUGCUUCGAAGUUCAACGUAAGAAACUUCUUUGAGAGAAUUCAAGAGUCUGUCUUUCACCAAUACAUUCUCCAGACUCUCUCGGGACCUCCGCUUAUAGAAGAGGCAGAGAAGGUUGGGCGUGAGCCAAGCACAGGCCAUCUUAGUUUUACGAGCACCAAGAAUGGAACGGUGAAAGAGAAGAAGGUGCUGGAUAUGGGCAAAGUUCACAAGAUGAAGCAAGAGAAGGUCUCGGCUUGGACAAUGCGAGUUUUGAUUGAAGCUGUGGGAGCGUCAGGUCUCUCAACCAUAUCUAACACUUUAGAUGAGAGUAUCAAUGGGAAAAAUAAAACUGAUAAGGAGAUAACUAAUGAGAUGGAGGCUGUAGCUGCUGCUUAUGAUAUUUUUAACAAUGUUGCUCAACCAAACCACAAUUACAUAGAGGAAGAUGACUUGCUGAGGUUUAUGAUCAAAGAAGAGGUAGACCUUGUACUUCCAUUAAUAGAAGGUGGUGAGACUGGCAAAAUCACACGCAAUGCUUUCACAGAAUGGGUGAUAAGCGUUUACACAAGCCGAAAAGCACUAGGACAUUCACUGAACGAUACAAAAACAGCGGUUAGGCAGGUGGACAAACUUAUAUCGGGAGUCUUGUAUGUUGUCAUCUUCAUCAUCUGGUUGGUACUUCUGGAUGUAUUAACGACCAAGUUUUUGGUGGUUUUCUCCGCAAAACUUGUGGGUCUUGCAUUCAUAGUCGGAAGCACUUGCAAGAAUAUCUUUGAAUCUUUUAUAUUUGUCUUCGUGAUGCACCCUUAUGACGUCGGUGACCGUUGUGUUGUGGACGGUGUGGCGUUGUUGGUUGAAGAAAUAGAUCUUUUAACUACCAAAUUCCUCAAGCUUGACAACGAGAAAGUGUUCUAUCCAAAUGCGACUUUGAUAUCAAAACCAAUAAGCAAUUACUAUAGAAGUCCAGAUAUGGGAGAUUCAAUACUAUUCUCCAUCGCAUUCUCAACUUCGGCCGCGAAAAUAGCCACUCUAAAGGAGAAAGUCAAAGAGUACUUGGUGCAGAACGCACAAAAUUGGUAUCCAGAAUUCUUGUUGUUCGUGCAGGCGAUUGAGAAUGUGAACAAGCUGAAUUUGAAUCUGGUCGUCACACACACCAUGAACUUCCAAAAUUUCGGUGAGAAAAGUCUCAGGAGAACUGAUCUGGUCAUCGCGCUCAAGCGAAUUCUAGAGGAUCUAGAAAUCGAUUACACCCUCCUUCCUCUAAAUGUUCAUCUUACCGGCCACAAAUGAUCACUUUUUAAAUGUCUUUUUUUUUGCAUUUAUCAUUACCACUUGUACUAGCUAUUACAACAUGAUUUGCUUUAGAUUGAUUGAACACAUAAAACUCGGUUACAUU